UCCACUCAGUUUCUCGCGGUUUAAAAUGGCGGCGUUGAGCAGCGCCGAGUCCCCACCGCCCGUCUUUAACGGAGACACCAUGAACCGCGAUCCGGAGCGGGACCCGGGACUGGACGAGCUGGGCGCGGGGCUCGAACCCGGCGGAGCAGUGAUACCCGAAUGUCAACAAGACAUUCCCGAGGAGAUCUGGAACAUCAAACAGAUGAUAAAGUUAACUCAAGAGCACAUAGAAGCCCUUUUAGAUAAGUUUGGUGGAGAGCACAACCCACCAUCUAUAUACCUGGAGGCCUACGAGGAGUACACUAGUAAGUUAGAUGCAUUACAACAACGGGAACAGCAGCUUUUGGAGGCCAUUGGGAAUGGUACAGACUUCUGCUCUUCACCGACCCCAAAUCUGCUGGAUGUUAAGGGGCAGGCUGCCCAGUUCACCCCGUCGGCCCCAAACACCCUCGCUGUCCUGCAGACUCCGACUGAUGCCACACGAGGCAAUCCUCGCUCGCCCCAGAAGCCCAUCGUGAGGGUGUUUCUGCCCAAUAAACAGAGGACGGUGGUCCCGGCUCGUUGUGGGAUGACAGUGAGAGAUUCAUUAAGGAAGGCUCUGAUGAUGCGAGGUCUGAUCCCAGAAUGCUGUGCGGUCUAUAGGAUUCAGGAUGGGGAGAAGAAACCUAUUGGCUGGGACACAGACAUUUCCUGGUUGACGGGAGAAGAGCUCCAUGUCGAAGUUUUAGAGAACGUGCCGCUCACGACCCAUAAUUUUGUACGAAAGACCUUUUUUACGUUGGCCUUUUGUGACUUCUGUCGGAAGCUGCUGUUCCAGGGUUUCCGUUGCCAGACGUGCGGCUACAAGUUUCACCAGCGCUGCAGCACUGAGGUCCCGCUCAUGUGUGUCAACUACGAUCAGCUGGAUUUACUGCUGGCGUCAAAAUUUCUGGUGCACCACCCUAUUACCCAGGAGGAGGCGUCAUCAGAAGGAACCACCCCAUUGUCAGAGAUUUACCCUUCGAUUCCUCCAUCCGAGUCCACUGGGUCUCUGUGCCAUCCUACUUUGUCCCCGUCUAAAUCCAUCCCUAUCCCGCAGUCCUUCAGACAGGGAGAAGAGGAUCACCGCAACCAGUUUGGUCAAAGGGAUCGCUCUUCUUCGGCUCCUAACGUCCACAUCAACACCAUCGAACCGGUCAACAUUGAUGAUUUGAUCCGUGAUCAAGGCUUACAGAGGUCGGAUGGAGCCCCCAUGCAACACCCAGCCCGAUGCUUGAGGAAGAACCGAACACGGACCUCAAGCCCCCUUCUGCCCUCCCACCCCAAUGACAAUGUGUUUGAUUUUGAGCCAGAGCCUGUGUUCAGAGGCUCCACGACGGGCCUUUCGGCCACACCUCCCGCCUCCCUACCCGGUUCCCUGACCAAUAUGAAGGUGUCAAAGUCGCCGUGCCAACCGAGAGAGCGGAAGCCGUCGUCUUCGUCAGAGGACCGCAAUAAAAUGAAAACCCUGGGUCGACGGGACUCGAGCGAUGACUGGGAGAUCCCAGAGGGUCAGAUCACGUUGGGCCAGCGAAUAGGAUCUGGUUCCUUUGGAACGGUCUAUAAGGGGAAGUGGCACGGUGACGUAGCCGUCAAGAUGUUGAAUGUCACAGCCCCCACUCCACAACAACUGCAGGCCUUUAAGAAUGAAGUGGGUGUCCUCAGGAAAACCCGUCAUGUGAAUAUUUUGCUCUUUAUGGGCUACACCACCAAACCCCAGCUAGCUAUCGUUACGCAGUGGUGCGAAGGUUCGAGUCUCUAUCACCACCUGCACAUCAUCGAGACCAAGUUUGAGAUGAUUAAACUAAUCGACAUCGCCCGGCAAACGGCUCAGGGCAUGGACUAUCUGCACGCUAAAUCCAUCAUCCAUAGAGAUCUGAAGAGCAACAAUAUCUUCUUACACGAGGAUCUAACGGUAAAGAUCGGUGAUUUCGGUCUGGCUACGGUGAAGUCUCGCUGGAGUGGCUCACACCAGUUUGAGCAGCUGUCUGGUUCAAUCUUAUGGAUGGCACCAGAAGUCAUCAGACUGCAGGAUAAAAAUCCUUAUAGUUUCCAGUCGGACGUCUAUGCGUUUGGCAUUGUGCUUUAUGAGCUCAUGUCAGGGGCUCUGCCUUAUUCCAACAUCAACAACAGAGACCAGAUUAUUUUCAUGGUUGGCCGAGGUUACCUUGCUCCUGACCUGAGUAAAGUACGCAGUAAUUGUCCCAAAGCUAUGAAGAGACUUAUGGCAGAUUGUUUGAAGAAGAAGCGAGAGGAGAGACCUCUUUUCCCUCAGAUCCUUGCCUCCAUCGAGUUACUGGCACGCUCUCUGCCUAAAAUCCAUCGUAGCGCCUCUGAACCGUCCCUCAACCGCGCUGGCUUCCAGACAGAAGACUUUAGCCUGUACGCCUGCGCUUCCCCUAAGACGCCCAUUCAAGCUGGUGGCUAUGGUGAAUUUUCAGCGUUUAAAUAGUGCUGCACAUGCUACGACUCCAUCCCUUGUCACUUUUUAAGACGUCUUGUGUUCUGCUGUGGGUUGAGUUAUAACACAGAAAAGGACUCGUUACAAAGAAUCUGCUGGUUAUCUUCCUCUUUACCCGAAGAGCUACGGCUUCGAUGGAAUUGCUUUAAAAUGAAAAGAUCUCAUUGCUGGUUUCACAAAAAUGUCAUUAAUAAAAACAAAAAAUAGGACGUCUCAAUAAUGCAACAUAAAAUAAACACGACCGGCGUCGUGAGAGAAAGAAAUGCGGUAGCUGAAAAGAAAGAGGCAAAUAAAGCCAAUCAUAAGGAAGAACGACAAGCGUGUUUAAUAUGGAUCAGUGGGCGUAAGCCCCGCCUUUGCUCCACCCCUGGAUGAGACAGACCAUAAAACCGGUCCAUAAAACACCUAAUGAUGGAAAAUCGUCAUUUUAUGUCAACAUUUCUCAUUGGAUAGAGACGGAUCACAGCCAUUCGUGGAUAUCAGGAGACAACUUGAAUGAUAUUUCUUUUGAAAUGAGAUUCUUUGCCGUUUUUCCCUUCUUGGGUUGUAAGUUGCAGACAGAUCCACCCAGUAUUUUCCUUUUUGUAGUUUGUGAGCACAGGUAAAUGAAGCAACCGAUAAGUCACAGAUCUCCUAAAUAUUCAGAAAUAUCCUAUAGAGAUUUGAUUCAACAAAUACCAUCGAGCUGGGUGGGUCACAUACUUUAUAUAUUAAACAAAUAUUUUAUAUUUUAUUUUGGUUUGCACACAAACUAAAUGUACAUGUCUGAAGUUAUCCGUUACAGCUAUCGAAAGUCAUUAUCUGUGGUUGCUUGUAGAAAAACCCCACGGUAUAAAGCAAACACAAAAGCCUUGUUAUGUAUUCCUUAAGUUUACGCUUAAGUGUUGUCAUAAGAAGUCGAUCAUCAAUGUUUAUUUUUUUUUAGAUAUCCGAGUCAUGUGAAAUCCCUUCCAGUCCAUCGCUGGCGUUCAUUCCAACAUAUUUGUUUUUUUUAUUGUUGUCAAAUAGUCUUGUGUUAUAGACAGGCAGGCCUGCAAUGUUACAUUAAUUUAUAUUGCUUUAAUUUUAUUACUGUUUGUUUGGUGACUCUUAGAGAUGUGUGUGUAUAUAUACACAUUUAAAUAUAUAUAUAUAUAUAUUUCUCUCACUCAUUCUGUGAUUGCUGAAAUGGACAUUGAGCAAAAAUGUAAAAAUGACUGAUGCAGAAAAGCAAUUUGCCUUUUUAAAGACUAAUAUAUUUUGUCAUAUUACGAGGUGACAGCGUGGUUAAAGGACGGUUAAAGAAAUGAAGGCAGGUAGGGCCAUGGGACACUAAAAAAACCAAAGCUUAAUCCAACAUCCCCGCAGCAUCCAUGUCCAUUGCUGGCAAACGGUUAUCUGGAUUUUUAGCCCUUAAACGCAGAUCAUCUCCAGCAAGUUUUUCACGGUCCAAAGACUUGUGUCAACCCUCUUUCAUAGCUUUGGGCUUUGGUGACUUCAGCACUGUGUAGCCCUCAUUCACGUGGACACUGUGGAGGGUGUAAAGGCCCUCGUGUCGGAUGCUUUUUUCGUUGAUCACAGCCUCCUUUAUCUUCUACGAAACUACAGACUGCUGUUUCUUGCUGUUUGCUGAAACUACGACUCCACGAAAUGCUUAAUAUUGCACCGAUGACUGAGGCUCUGUACUUGAUCUGACCCGUGCUCGGACAAGCGCCCAUCUCCUUGCUUCUGUUGAGAAGGACUGAAUUAUUUAUUUUCUUUUUUCUUUAUGAUUAUUUUUAUAAAGAAUGUCAAGACUUGUCUUAAGAAGCGAUGCAAAUCUGUACCAGACUGAUGGCACCCUAGCGGAUGCGUUGUUUCUGUUUAGACUUGAAUGGGCCCGGUGUUUUGUGGGAUGACCUAAAACCUGGGUUGCCUAUAAAGAUGGUAUAGAGGUGUAUUUUAAGAGUGCUGUAUUUAUUUUCUAUGGGAAUGUUACUGAAGAAUUUUUGCUUUUUUCUUAUUGAGAUACUUGGUGACUUACCUAACUUUCAGAUAUUUAUAUGGAGGAAAAUGAGUUGAAGGUGAUGCCAAUAUCCUCUUAACUCAUUUUCCCCUGGAUGUUUUGAUUUUCAUUGAUGGUUUGUACCUAUUUUUAUUUGUUUGCUUUUUUUAAGCCCUUCGCCCGUUCCAUACCAGAUAUCCAUAUCACAUUCCUUUCUGUUGCCUUGCCUGCACUUUAAACCCCAGUGCAAGAUCAUUCAAUCAUACAGAUGUUUGGGAGACUCUUUUCACCUGUAAAUAGCUGUACAAAGAAAGCACUGUGCGUUUGCUAGGAGGCAUGGAGAUAUAAAAAAAUAUUGAAAUGACUUAAAAUGUUUCAACUCAACGGUUAAGAAAAGACAUUUUGAUAGAUGAAAUUCUGAGAAAAUAUUACUGUGUACAAAUAUUUAAGACUGUAUUAUAUAAGAUGAAAAAGAGCUUAAUGUAUUUGUUGUGAAUAUGAAAAACUGAUAUAUUAAAGAAGUGCAUGAAAACUG